AUGCUGCCUCGCUCGGUGAGGCAUUGCAUAUGUCCACCAUGUCAAUUCAACUACGGUGCCCGGACGGGCGCAAGAGUUUCCUUCGCAAUCUCACCUACUCAAAAUCCACGAUUGUUCUGCUCUAGCAGCGUCCAGCGUCUUCGGAACCGUACCCGGAUCCGGAAAGUUGUGCAGGGCGAUGCAGAGAGACAGGGCGCGUCUAUACAAGAGAAUGGCGAGGAUGCUAAAGGCAAGAAGGCCCAUGGCGGCCGAAAGAACUCGACUCAGAAACCAAGGGCUCAAGGACAGCUAGCGGAAGGACCUGCAGCAGCGCAGUUGCGCUCGACCGCAGAUCAUGCGUUGACCCCAGCCCAGAAAGACGAGCUCUAUGCCUACGCACGAUUCAGGACGAAGAUGCGCCGUACCGCUUCAAAAUUGAUACCAAAUGUUGCAUCGGGGACCCAGGACUUGACCAUAGACGAGGUGCUGGAUCGGUUACAGCUCCGGAGCAGAUGGACGGGUUUCAACCGUGGAGUGGCCAAGCUUCGGUCCGUCUAUUCUGGACGUUCCUACGAAGAGGUGGACAAUGACCUUGGGCUUGUGGUGCCCUUGUUGGGAAGCGGGAAUCAACCUCUCUCGGACGAAGCAGCAAGAAUAUUAAGCGCGCUAGGAUUGCUGGACAGCAGUCUAGUCUCAGAUCCUGUUGGUCCGCAUGCAGAGGCAUCUCCGGCGUCAGAAAUGACAAGAGGCCCACCAACACCAGAACCGCACGCUCUGAGCAUCGAAACUUCCAAUUCCCUGCUGCGCCCUUUCCGAAAGGUUGUCCCUGCGACCGAGGACCAUAACGAGGAUAUUAUCAUUGCUGGCAAAAUCCCGCAGAGACUUAGACAAGAUACAACGCGGAGACAUGAGGUCAUGCCGCAAGAAAAGGACAAGGACAGAAUUGCCCUCAUGAUAGGAGACAGUGUGCGAGAGGCAAUGGGUGACGCAUUCUCACUGGUACCUUUGACCUCGGAGCCUCCGAAUGUGCCGAGACUCAGCCACGACUUGUCGCGUGUGUUAUUCAAUCCUGGCGUCUACCAGCUACAGGAUCCACGGUCAAGAGUAUGGAACUUCGAUCCAUAUCUCGGCACCCUAAUGCCUGCCUCCGAGUUCAAUUACGAAGCGUUGAACAAGUACAUUACCUCAUCUGAGGAUAUCCACCUUCGAGAAGUGGCCCUGCAACACACAAAACGCUAUAUCGGUUCCACAUCAAGUAUGUCGGGAGUCCUUUCCCAUUUCCAUUUCCUUCUUUCAGCUUUUCGGAGUCUCAACUUGGAGACCUUGACUCGAGGGUUCAAGGACGAUGGCGUCCAUUUUACGAGGCUGCAGAGAGGCCCCACGGCAAUCUUUCUCCGGCACAAAGACGGGGUAUAUGCCGUGGAUGCGGAUAAAGAAUUCGAUUCUGCAAAUAUCCUCAUGAGUCUCGGCCGCUCUAUGGAGAAGCUCUUGACACUCGACAAAGACGAAUUCGAACGCUAUAGAAGGACCAAGGAUGCGGAUAAAGGGGAACAGAUGCCCGCCACUGAACCCGAGGUAUAUCACUAUUCAGGACUGGGCGAGUUCCUUUUGCGUUCCCAACUUGACGCGCACGAUCCUCGCCUGCCCGGAACAGGCAUGUUUGAUCUCAAGACGCGAGCGGUGGCAGCUGUCCGCAUGAUGGUCCACAACCAUGAAGUAGGUGCGGGCUAUCAGAUUAAGCAGAGAUUUGGAACCUGGGAAUCGUAUGAACGAGAGUACUACGACAUGAUGAGAUCUGCCUUUCUCAAGUACUCUCUCCAGGUCCGCAUGGGCCGCAUGGACGGCAUUUUCGUCGCAUAUCACAACACCGAACGUCUGUUUGGGUUUCAGUACGUACCUAUUUCGGAGCUUGAUCUGGCGCUGCACGGCCAGUCCAACCAAACUUUGGGAGACCAGGAAUUCUCACUAAGCAUCCAGCUCCUGAAUAACAUUUUCAACGAAGCGACGAUGAAGCACCCAGGUCGAUCCCUUCGGUUUCACUUUGAAGCCAGGGAGGCCACGGCCACGUCUCCUCCUUACAUGUAUAUCUUUGCGGAGCCGGUCACGGAGGAAGAGAUCGUCGAGAUUCAAAAUCUGAAAAAGGAAGAAAUCCGAGCAUUCGAGGAACGUCUCUUUAACCCUCGACAGACCCAAGAGCACGAGAGCGCCCAUGACGAGGAUGAGACAGAGCUUGAGGCCGAAAGCGACGACGCUGGAUCUAACAACGAAUCUGACUCCUCCCCAAAGCCCGUCACCCCAUCUACCAGAACUGCGGAUCCAUCUGGUCGCUCCAACGCCGCAAAUGUCGCAUUUCUGGACAGCAUCUUGGGUAUGAAUAUCAACGAGGCUUUGGGAUCAAAACCGGGUGAUGACGACGUCUCCCAAUCAAGGGGAAAACCCGAAGAAGGCACGUCAGAUUUCCACACUUCGGCCCUCGAAGGGUCAAUUGCCGGAUCCCAAAUGCUGAAACCAUUGUCGGCAUGGAAGCUGAAUAUUCGGAAUCUGGUCAACGGACUGCCUGUCGUCCGACCUGAAAACCUGAAAGAAGGAGAUACCUGGAAGCUGCAGUACACGCUGAAGCCGCUCUCCGACCAUCAAGCUCGUCGGCAUUACGCCUUGUGCAAGAAUCGACGCAAAGCCUCGCUGGAAGCUCCACAGGAUGCAGACGAAGCCGCCAGCUUCUACAUUCGACGUCUCGUAUCGAUGAGCCGCAGCGGAGCACAGUGGCGGCGUCAUCUGGACAAACUUGAUGCCCAGCGCAAACGGGUUGUACUUUAUGGGGAUGAUAGAUGA